AUGGACAAAACUUCAAAUGCAAAAGAAAAAACCAAAACUAGCAGAGCUAAGGUGGACGAGGCGACAAUGAAAGCUGCGGUGUUUCAAGUCGUCAAAGGAAAUCAAAGCAUUCGAAGCACAGCAAAAUCUUUCAAUAUCAAUCACAUGACACUGAGUCGCUGGGUCACUAAAUAUAAAGAGGCCACGGACGAGCAUAAACUUACUAUGAAAUUUGUUCCUAACUAUCAAAUUCAUCUUAUUUUCCCUGCGAACAUUGAAGAAGAUCUGGAGACAUAUUUGCUUACGGCAUCAAAAAUGCACCAUGGCCUCACUCGUAAGCAAGUAUUAGAACUUGCAUAUCAACUUGCUGUUGUCAAUAAAAUUGAUUGUCCUAAAUCGUGGCAUGAGAAGAAGGCUGCUGGAUAUGACUGGUUUUAUAGCUACAUGAAGCGACAUCCUGCUCUUUCCUUGCGUAAACCUGAAGCAACAAGCAUGACCAGAAGCACAAGUUUCAGUUGUCACACCGUCAAUAUUUUUUUCGACAACUUGGAAAAUUGUUUUAAGCAACUUGGAGAUCAAAUAUCUCCCAGUGUAAUAUAUAAUCUCGAUGAGACGGCCUUAACAACGGUCCACAAUCCUCCUAAUAUCAUUGCCAAAAAAGGACAAAAGCAAAUUGGUCAAAUUACGUCGGGGGAACGCGGGAUUUUAGUAACUGCAUGCUGCUUCAUCUCCGCUGGAGGGAACUCAAUUCCACCAUUCAUGGUGUUUCCAAGAAAGAACUUUAAAGACCAUAUGAUCUACGGAGCUCCGCCCGGCACAGUUGGAAGCGGAUCUUUAACUGGCUGGAUGAACGGUGAAAUCUUUCUUGAUGUUCUCAAGCAUUUUCAACGACACUCUCGAACCUCACCACAAAACAAGGUAUUGCUUAUAAUGGAUAAUCAUGAAUCACAUCACGAUUGA